ACCUGCCAUGAACAGAUGCUCAGGCUUCACUUCAAACUAAAACCAAGUUCACAGGACAGACCAGCGUUUUGAGCAUCAUGAUGGAGGGGUUGGCCAGUGACAUGCUGGACAGCUCGGUGGUGGCGCGCAUGCAGAAGAAGUUCUGGAAGACCAAGCAGGUGCUCAUCAAGGCCACGGGCAAGAAGGAGGACGAGUACGUGGUGGCCUCGGACGCAGACCUGGACGCCAAGCUGGAGUUCUUCCGCUCGGUCCAGUCCACCUGCACACAGCUCCUCAAGGUGAUCCAGCGUUACCAGCACCGCAUCUCCAGCCUGUCCCAGGAGGAGAACGAGCUGGGUCUGUUCCUGAGGUUCCAGGGGGAACACGACCACACCAGGGCGGGCAACAUGAUGAACGCCACCAGCCAGGCCCUGUGCACCUCCGCCAAGAAGAGGCUGGCCCUGGGCCCUCCCCUCCAGCGGCUGCAGCAGGAGGUGGAGACGUUCCGGCGGCGGGCCAUCGCCGACACCCUGCUGACGGUGGAGCGCAUGGAGCGCUCGCGCACCGAGUACCGCGGCGCCCUCCUCUGGAUGAAGGACGCCUCGCAGGAGCUCGACCCCGACACCUACAAGCAGCUGGAGAAGUUCCGGAAGAUCCAGUCCCAGGUGCGCGGCACUAAGGGCCAGUUUGACAAGCUGAAGAACGAUGUGUGUCAGAAGGUGGACAUGCUGGGGGCCAGCCGCUGCAACAUGCUGUCCCACUCCCUCUGCACCUACCAGACCACCCUGCUCCAGUUCUGGGAGAAGACGGCCCACACCAUGUCCUCCAUCCACCAGGACUUCCAGGGCCACGUCUCCUACCAGUUCACCACCCUCAAGGCUCUCAGGGACCCUCUGGAGCAGCUCACUGAGAAGGAGGAGAAGGAGGAGAGGGACAACGUGAGAAAGGAGAAGAAAAGGCCUCCGCAGGACCUCGAUGACGACCUGGUGUCCCUGGAUGCCAUCCUGGCCCCGGACAGCGUGUCUGACUACGCCCUGUGCGACCUCGGGGAGGCGCUCAGUGCGGCGGGCCGCUACGACGACGGCCCCGUUCCCUCGGCCGGCGACCUCUCCCUGACCCGCCCCUAUUACCAGGCCGGCCCCGGGGCCCGGGACCCCGCCCGCUCCCCACCGCCCUUCCAGGCCCCGGCCCAGGCUGAAGAUCUGACCGCUUCCUGGGAGUUUGGAGACUUCCACUCGGGCGACCCGCCACACGCGGCCGGUGAUCUGCUGGGGGGCGGCCCGUCCCUCCCAAUGUCCUCCUCGUUGCCGGGGCAACGGGAGGAGGAGGAGGAGGAUGCGAGGCAGCAGGGAGACAUGGACUUCCUGAAGGACCUGCUCAGCCCCGGGCCAGGGGGCGGGGCUGACGAGUUCAGCCGUGAGUGGCAGGACGCCUUCGGCUCCUUCGACUCCCCCAGCCUAAGCCACGCCCCCAACAUGAGCGUUGGCGGGGCCGCCGCCGCCACCCCCGGUUCGGCGGGCGGGGCCGCCCCCUUCGUGUCGGGGCUCGCCCAGAGCCCCCAGAGCCAGGGCUUCCUGCCCUCCCAGCUGCUGGACCACAGCCUGGGGUCGACAGGCUGGUCGACUCCGCCCAUGUUCCAAGCUCCGCCCCUUCAGCCCCCUCCUCUCUCUGGCCUGGAGCAGACUCCUCCACCCGCCCCCAGCUCAGCUCCCAGUGGCGGUUCUAAGGACAUGUCCGCCUGGUUCAACCUCUUCGCGGACCUGGACCCCCUCUCCAACCCGGACGCUAUCGGGCGGUCCGAGGACGAGCUACUCAAGGCCUGAGCCCACCUCUGUGUGUGUGUGUGUGUGUGUGUGUGCGUUUUCUUCCUUUGUGUAUUUUGGUUGUGGUUGGAAGUGGAAACAAAAUGGAACCGGCCCAGGAAAUACACAAGCAAAGUUAUAUAUUCAGUCUAUUUAUUCUCUAUUCCUGUAUUGUUUUCUCUGCCUGACUCUCUGUCUCUGUCUCUCUCUCUCUCUAUCUUUCUCUCUCUCUCUACCUCUCUCUCAAACACACCAACUUUAUGUAUGCAGACUGAUGUAUUUGCGUUGCACCUGUCGCAUAAUCCACCUGACACACACACACACACACACAGCAGAGGGAUAGAAUGAAGGAUAAGCCUAACAUCUAAUUGGACAAAAGUUAUGGGACCCCACCCCCUACACACACGAGACUAUUGCCAAUGCAUACUGUGUGUGUGUGUGUGUGUCCGUGUGUCCGUGUGUCCGUGGGUAGGAUGGUUUUAAAGACCUGUUUGCCUUGGAGUUUAAUUUAGUGUCAUGUUUAUAUUGCUUUAAUGUUUUAUUUUGCUGCUGCUGUGUGCCUCUGUACGGUGUCCGUCUCUGUUACAUCUAAGGGACAUUAGGUGAUAAAGUGGAAACUUUCAUCUUUAUAUAUACUUUUAUUUUGCAAGGUGUCCUACUUUACAUUGGCAAUCGUGAUCAGCAAGGGUGAAAGGCAGAUUCUAGAUGAUACAGUACAUGUACCAUCAAUACCGUUGAAUGAAUGUCUCCACAUGUGUAUUGGAAACAUAUAUAACAUUAUUUGUCAUCCGAAUACUGCUGUGAUCAAUAUUCAGUCCAAUGUUCUUUAUAGAUGCACAUCGUCUAAAAGGGUAUUUCCACAGAAACCUGAGUACUGAUGCUAGCCUCGUUUCUGGAUUGAGUAAAUGUGUCUUGCUGAUUUACGAACACAGUUCAGUAUAGUUUUCUCUUAGUUGUUGAGCCACCUUUAUGGAUGUAUUACACAGGACUUCACAACAUUAAAUCAACUUUACCAAGAGCGUACCAAACUGUAAAUCAGACAGGUCAAACACUGUAUUAUGAUGACACUGUGGGACUGUUACUUCAGUUUGAUAUUCCACGGUCUCAUCAGCGUUUAUUUAAUCCAUCCAUUUAUAUUGCGACCAGAGUUUAACGAUAACGCGCUCCUUUAUAGGAACUUAUUUAUCGCUAUAGUGAUGAUAUCGGCAAGCGUCAACGAUCCUAAACCAAUCAUCAGAGCCCUCCUCAACCCUAACUCCCUCUACUGGGGGUCUAUGCAGUCAUGUGAACCAACUAACCUACCGAAUUGUCUAAACAAGAGUUUACGGUUUAUUUGAGUGUUGUCGACAACAAAUGCUUAACAAAUUCGAUUUAGAGGAAGUCUAUAUCUUUACGAUCAUCGCUUUAUAAAAAAACUAUGUUGAUUCUUUAAAGGGAGUGAACCCCUUUAAGGUCUUAUCGUAAAUGAAAAUCUAUAUCAGUGUAAUUGUACCAAUGAUGUGCAUUUUAUGGGUUUGAAAAUAAUCUGAUCUGUCACUUACUGUCUUGAGUCCUAUUUGGUUAAACAGAAUUUCAGUUACAAUUCCCCCUGUAUUUAAUCCCCUAUAGCCUAUGUAAAAUAAUACAAAGUAAUAUUUCAAACUUGUAUUGAUAUCUCAUUAGUACAUGUCAAUAUUGCAUUAAGAUCUUUGGAAGUAAGACUAAGUUGUAAAUUGUAUGAGUUAAUAAUGAAUGCUUAAACAAUGAUGGAUUUCAUGUUCAAACAUAAGACGGCUGAAAGGCUUUAGUUUUGGGGAGAUUCUGCCUUAUAACAGAUGAGAGAACAUAGAUAUUAGUAUUUUAUACAAACAAUUUCAUUACUGUUUCUGCCAUCACAGGACCCGGCCUGUCGUGCUUACUUUAUCUCAACACAGUCGCCUUUAUUUCAUCUGUAGAAUGUAUGAUGGGAGUGCUGUGUAGCUAUACUAUAGGAUUGCGUGAAAUACUUAAAGCAACGUAUUUCUGUCAAUCAAGCGCAAACCAAUUCAUAUCUAUUCCGCUAUACCUUUUUAAUUCAUCAGAGUUGAAUGUUAAAAUGGUUGAAACGUGGCGUUUCGGUUUCCAAUAAACUGUAAAAGAAAAUGGUCUGUAUUGAUUGUUUUCUAGACCCACCAGUCCUGAGUCCUGGGUUUGUUUGAAUCAUUAAAUGUGUUGUGCUUCUCAAAUCCAUUCAAAAUGAUCUGAGACAGACAGAAGGAGAAGGACUCCAGAUUGGAUUAGAUUAAAACAAUCUUUAAUACCCAAUUUACACAACCUUCUAAAUAAGCAAUACAUUAAAAUCAUCAGUAUUCACAGUAUGGGGACCUAGUACGUACUAAGAGUUUUUUUAAAUAUAUUAAUGGGGACCGUUUUUUUGAGUUGGAGUACAUAUCUUCGCUGGUAAUAUAAACAAACUGCGCCUCCGUAUUUACAAAUCCAGUACAUUCUUCAUCCACUCCAACAGGCACAGUCGAGUAGUAAUGACACAUGUACAGCAGGGGGGGGGGGGGGGCGGGCCAGAGCAAGGAGACUGGGUCCCAAUUCAACCACUCCGCCAAUGCAACAACGCGACUUCCAUUCAGCACAUGAGCAGCGGCUUGUCUGUUCAAUGAAACAUGCAAAUGUCGUUUUAUUUUUAUUUGGUUGUCUUGAUUUAUGGAACCAGUGAAGUAAUGUUUCCUCAAAUAGUUUGUCAUUUAAAUCAGUUAUUAAAAAUAAUCACCUAUCCAAUUAUUUUCUUGAUUGCCUUAAUGCAUGAAUCCCAUUACCGGAAUAAUCUAUGCUUUAAGUGUAUGGAAUGAAUUAGUUUCGAACAUAAGAUGUCCUCUUUGGGCAGAUGUUCCCCCAACUCACAGUUGUAUUAGUAUUUAAUACAACUGUGAGUAUUUAAAGGAAGUUUCUCUCCGUGCCCCGGCCCGUUCUGGUGGAAGGUAGGGGGCGUGGCUUCUUUUUUUCUGGACACACAGACAAUUCACGACUACACUAGCUGAGCAAACGUAAGAGGAGCUUCAUCAUCACCUUGACGACGCGAUGCUGGAUGAAAACGAGAGAAGGGACGGGGUGUGAAGUAGUGGAAAAGCUAGUAGAACGAUGUUGUGUAGAGAGGAAACACACAGAAUGGACAUGCUUCGGACACGUCGUCAUAGCCCUGUCAAAGCUAACACGUCAAGAAGCUUUAGCUAGCUAGCUGGAUACGAGUUUGCCUCAGUCGUGUUACAGCAGACCACGUGGCAUGUGCGCUUUGAUCGGUUGAAAUAUAGUUAAAUGUCCAGGUUGGGUUUUUGCAGAGUGGUUUUGGGUUGGGAUCUACGAGGUGUUAAUGUGUAGAAUGCUACCUAGGUUUUUUACCUAGCUGCCGUCUACCGCUACUAAAGUACAAAGAGUGUACAUUUACCGCAGUGGUCUACCACGACUGACACAACCUGGUCACUAAACACUGUGUGGAGGGGAACUUUAAGUGGGAAAACAAAUUACAAAUAAAAUCAGGCACGUGUUUGCCCCUAGUUCUGUUUUUCUCCCCGAAAACCGUUCAAGUUUUGCUACGAUAUACGCUACGAUAUAUCUGCCAGCACCAGAAGGUGCCUCCUUUGGCCGAGUGUCCCCCAGUCGCCGCUGGACCCCAGCAGCCAUUGGGUUGUUGUUUUUUGAAUGGAAGGCAUUUUUGAUAUCGAGAGAAGGAACUAGGCGAUAGAAAAGAGAUGUGUUCGA